UUAUCUAUGCUCCCAGGCCAAGCAGCGUCACCAUACGGAACAUCCUGCCCUCAACGGAGAGGGGGAGGAGAGAGAGAGAGCCUGUGUGUGUGCACAGAGAGAGAGAGGGGUAGAGAGAGUCUGUCUGUGUAUUAAGCAAGAGAAAGAGACCUCCCGGUAGUAAAUCUAUCAGGUUUCGAGCACAAAAACUCGGAGAGACAGACAGAGAAGAGGGAGUAGAGGAAGAAGAGGACUCGAAGAAAUCGCAUUGCUUAAACCUACGGGUUAGGCUACCUGGAGCAGCAGCAGCAGCAGCAGCAGCACGUGAAGCCUUGGAUUAAAAAGACCGACUAGAAAGACGGAUGGUCGCGCGGACGGGCUGCGCGCUCUGACGUUGGACAGACUGAGACUACCGAGACACCGACUGCAAGCAGCAGUAGCUUUUGUUCCCCCCCCAUCUCCCCGACCCGUGAAGGCAGCGGCGGCGGCACCGGGAGGCUGUGCCCGCGCACCCCGAUUAUGAAGCUGCCUUGGCUACUGGCGCUCACAGCGCUGCUCGCUCAUACCGCCACGGGACAGACGUGGUCGCCGUCUAUCGAUGACGAAGGCUCGGCGAGAGACGAGUUCUACGACGAUGAGGACCUUUACUCAGGCUCCGGCUCUGGCUUUCCUGAGCUCAGUAUAAGUCCGACAUCUGUGGGUGUGUCCUUGACCACAGAAGAGCCCCUCCUCCUCUCCACCACCCAAGCCACCGGCCCCGCCCCCUCCGCCUCACCUGCAGUUGAGCCGAGCCCCAACCCGGAGGACCCCACUGGCCCCCCGCUGCCCACCGAGGCCGAUGGAGAAAGUGGUGUGUUCUGGGAUAGAGAGAGAGAGCAUGAGAAGGAGAAAGAGUUAGAGAGGGAAAGAGAGAAUGAGCAAGAGAGGCUGAGGGAACUGGAGAAGGAGAGGGAGAAACAGUUGGAGAGGGAGAGAGAGAGGGAAAGAGAGAGGGAGCGGGUCCGAGAGAUGGAGAGAGAGAGGGAAAAGGAGAGAGAACGUGAGAGAGAGAGGGAACGUGAGAGAGAGCGAGAGAAAGAGAGAGAGAGGCAGAGAGAGCGUGAGCUUGAAAGAGAGAGAGAGCUUGAGCGAAUCAAGGCCACCUCGCAGACCACCGCCGUCCCACGAUCCCCUGUUGCCAUUACCGUGGUGACCACCAACCAGGCAACCAGCCCUGCAGAAAGUACAGCGCCCUCUGCCGGUUGGGAUGACCUGAGCACCACAGAAGAAGAAGAGGAUGUCUACCUGUCACCUGAACCCUCAACGUUUUUCCCAGGCUUCGACAUGGAAACCACCACAGAGGAAGACACAUCCACCACAACAGAGACUACCCCUGAGCCCACGACAGCUGCACCCACCACCGCCGCCGCUACUACUACUGUCAAAACCAGGGUCCCCUUCAGGCCCAGAGUUCCCAUGACAACAGAUACUCUGGCGGUGCCAACAGAGAGAACUAGCCGCCCACAGCAGCCCACAGCUACACAGGAGGGUAACAACGAGGCGGGUGCUGCAGGACCGAGUGGAGAUUUCGAAAUCCGUGAUGAUCGGCGUAAUGAUCUUGGUCGAGGUAUAAUGCCAGUGGAUCCUGAUCUGAUUGGUAACACAGUGGAUGGAGGGAGCUCUGCCGCCCAGCUGCCACAGAAGAACAUCCUGGAGAGAAAAGAGGUCUUAAUAGCUGUUCUGAUUGGUGGACUGCUGGCGGUGGUUUUCGCUGAUUUCCUGGUCAUCGCGGUGAUAGUGGGAGGAGUAGUGGGCGCCUUGUUUGCUGCCUUCCUGGUGAUGUUGCUGGUGUACAGGAUGAAGAAGAAGGACGAGGGCAGCUACACACUAGAGGAACCCAAACAGGCCACCGUCACCUACCAGAAACCAGACAAGCAGGAGGAGUUUUACGCAUAACACAUGUAUGCCAGAGAGACACACCGCACACAGAGGGAGAGAGAACGAGUGAGACAGAGAAGAGAGAAAGAUACUCUAAGCCCCUGUCCUCCUGCUCCUUCUCCUCCUGCUCUUCUUCAUUGCCUCCCCCUGAUCUGCUCGCCUCUCCUUAUCCCUCUCUCCUCUUUUCUCCAAAACACUUGAGAGUGCCUCUCUCUCUCUCUACAGACUUGGAACUUUCUUUUCAAUGAAAACGAAAAAAAGAGACCAAAAAAAAAAAAAAAAAAAA